CCUCUUUCUAUCCAUCCUCCACAAUGUCUCGACGCGUCCCCUCCACCGGCGUGUCUCGAACAGUGAACCGUGCGCCGUCACUUGCUCCCUCCUCCCGCGUCUCUCGACCACCAAGCAGCGCUACGGCCUCGCGGCGUACGACUUCCGCACUUGCCGGCAUGCGCGUGCCCUCCGAUAUCCCAGAAUCAAAUAUCAACGUCGUAGUGCGAUGUCGCGGGCGAACACCUCAAGAAAUCGAGGAGAACUCACCACCUAUCACCCAGACUGAUGGUCCCGUGUCCGACGCAAUCACAGUCACAACAACACCCGCGGCGUCGGCGACGAGUAUCGUCGUCCCUACAGACGCAAACACCAAGACAUACAAGUUUGACAAGGUGUUUGGCCCCGAGGCCGAUCAGACAACUGUAUUUAGCGAGGUCGCCGAUGGUAUGCUCAAUGAGGUGCUGUCGGGGUACAACUGCACUAUCUUCGCGUAUGGGCAAACGGGAACAGGCAAGACGUACACGAUGCAAGGCGACAUGACGCCUACACCACUACAGGCGCCGUCCAUCGAGGCAGGAAUCAUCCCGCGCGUACUGCACCGCCUGUUCGCGCUGCUCGAGGCGCAGGAGAACAACGAGUACGCAGUCAAGUGCUCGUACCUUGAAAUCUACAAUGAGGAGCUGCGCGACCUCCUGUCCUACGACUACGGAAAGCCGGGCGCGACAUCCAAUAUCAAGAUCUUCGACGACACGUCCAAGAAGGGCGUGAAUGUCCAGGGAGUCGAGGAGGCGGGGUUGCGCGACCUCAACGAUGGUCUCGCCGUCCUCCGCAAGGGCAGUCAGCGACGGCAAGUCGCGGAGACCAAGCUCAACACGGAGAGCUCUCGCUCCCAUUCAAUCUUUACCCUCACUGUUCACGUCAAGGAGAUGUCGGGGGACAAGACCGGGGAGGACAUGCUAAGGAUAGGCAAGUUCAAUCUUGUUGAUCUCGCGGGCUCUGAGGCCGUCGGGCGCUCAAUGGCGCAGGGCGCCCAACGCCGCGAAGCUGGCAUGAUCAACCAGUCUCUCCUUUCACUAGGGCGCGUAAUCAACGCCCUCGUGGACAAGUCGGCGCAGCACGUCCCGUACCGCGAGUCAAAACUCACGCGGUUGCUCCAAGACUCGCUGGGCGGGCGCACCAAGACCUGCAUCAUCGCGACCGUCUCCCCGACCAAGAGCAAUAUGGAGGAGACGUUGUCGACGCUCGAAUACGCCAGCCGUGCCAAGAGCAUCCGCAACAAGCCCGAAGUGAACGCGCAUCUCACCAAAGCCGGGCUACUGCGCGAGUAUCUCGGCGACAUCGAACGCCUGAAGGCCGAGUUACAUGCCGCGCGCGAGAAGAACGGCGUGUACAUCCCUGACGAACAGUGGAAGGAGAUGAGCGAGGAGCGCGUGCAACGCAAGCUCGACUACGACGAGGCCAAAACGCGCGUAACGACUGUCGAGGUUGAGCUGCGCACACGGCGCGCCGAGUUCGAGCAGCUUACGACGCGCUUCGUGACGACAUCGAGCGAGCUCACUGAGGCACGCGAAGCGGAGCGCCAGCUCGGCGCAGAAUUACUGGCUGCCAAGGCCGAUCUCGAGGCAACACGGGCGGCGCUGGGCCACGAAAAGGCAAUCGCGGACGCGUACGCUGCUGGCGAGGAGCGCCUCGACGGCGUAGCAGGCAAGCUGCACGCUGUGGCAAGCACAAGUAUCCGGGACGCUGGCGGGCUCUUCGACAAGCUCGGGCGCGUGAACAACGUGCUCGACGCCAACUCUGCGUCGUCGCAUCGGUACAGCGCCGCGGUGUCGUCGCUCUCUCAAGACCUGCAGACGCGCAUGUCCAAGCUCCACAACGUGCAGGGGGAGUUUGGCGGCAGCCUGCGCGCCCACCUCGAAGCUUACGCGGCACGGGGCAAGACCGAGUCCGAGUCCCACAUGGCCUCGCUGGACGCGAGCCUUGGCGCGCUCAACGCGCUCGCGGCGACCUUUACACACUCAGUCGCGGAAGACAAGACCGCGUUUGCCGAAGCAGGGGCGGCAAUCCUCGCGGUCCGCGACGAAGUGCAGGGCGCCGCAAAGGGCUGGGCGCGGGCGAUGGACUCGCGCUCAUCCCGCAUGGUCGAGGAGCUCGUGGCGCACCAGCGCGCGCACCUCUCGACCGUGCAGGGCGUGUUGGACACUACAAGCCAGCUCGUCGACGCGGUUAUUGCGGCAGCGCAAGACCACGUCGCGGCGCAAGAUGCGCAAGCGCAGCGCGUCGCCGCGCUCGCUUCACAAGCGGCGGCGGACGAGAUCGGGCGGCUACGCGCCCAGAAUCGCCAUCUUGCCCAAGUCCUUGUAGAGGAGCGCAAGCAUGGCGCGCAGGCACGCACGGACCUCCUUUCCGGUAUCGCGGGGCUUGUCGAGCGCUUCUCGGAGCACCAGGACGCGCGGUUCGGGAGUGCACUUGCGAGCGUGCGCAGCGCCAACGACACGAGCGUGGAUAGAAUGGAGGCGUUUGCGGCGUCGCACGCAGAAGCUAUCGGCAGCAUGGCGGAGAACGCACGUACGUUCCGCACUGGUCUCGACGCCCGGGCGGGAGAGGCCGAGGCGCAGCGCGGGGCAGGGCCUGCGGCCGUGGAGGAAGUAUCUAUCGGCCUACAGAAGCGGCUGGAGGCGUACGGCGCCGAUACGAGUCGCGAGGGCGCAGAGCGCGUCGGCGAGUUCAACGCGCUGUGCGGGCGGCUCGGGUCGGGCAUCGCGGACUUCUCGAACAAGGCCUCGAAGAGCGCCGACGCGCACCUCGCCGCGCUGGCGGAUGUGGCGACGGCCGCGCGCGGCCUCCACGACUCCUCGGCGAGGUUCACGCGCGCCGUGGCGCAAGAUUCCGCGGACCUCACGACGACGUUGUUGCGCUCGCACACAGACGCGGCCGCGCAGAGCAGCAGGGCGCACUCGAGCGCCAAGCGCAAGCUGGACGCCAUGCUCUCCGCCACGUCCGAGUACGUCGGCGGGCUCGCGGCCGACGAGCCGACGGGUGAGACACCGCGCAAGCGCGCAUACCACCUGCCCAGCUGGGAGCGGACUGCGCCGCGCGGCGUCCUCCUCGAGCGGAUACGGCGCGGGUCGCCGCUUGUGCUGCCGCGCGCGGAGACGCCCGACGUCGAUGCCCCCGUGGCCUCCCCGGACGUGAGUGCCUCGACGUCAACUAUCUCCGCCUCUGCCUCCGUAGAGGCUGUGAUCACGCCGCCACCCGUCCCCUCAAGAAUACCUUCGCGGAACAAUAGCGUGUCGUCUUCGCAGGAGGCUGAGCGGCCUGUGGAGCGCGUCGAGCGCCCCACUCUCGAGCGCUCGGCGUCAGACCUUGUCCACAUCUCCUCGCGGCGACGCCCGAAAAAGCUCGGGUCAGUGGACAUCGAUUCGCUCACUGCAUCCACUGUGGGCGUGUUGAAAGAAGGGGGGAAUAUUCCGCGCCGAAGGCGCUAAGUGUACUAGUAGUAUCCAAUGGUCUAGACGAGGGGUGCAUGCAUGUAUGUGUUAACAG